AGUUUACUCCAUCAAGAAAUUUUUGGGGAUCCCGGAUUUAGCCCCUCUCAAUCGCUAUCAACGGCCGGUGUCGACAUAAAGCACAUUAUCCACACAUAUUUGACCGGUACAACUCCGUGAUACGUGAUACAGCAACCACGGAGAUGAGGAGGUGAAAAUGCCGGCAGAAUCUAUACCCCGUGCCUAAGUGACAGUUGACUCUCCUCUAAAUAUCGCUCCCCACACCAGGGAGGGGCAGCGUGGGGAGGGGCAUUCGGAUUUCCCACCGACGCAACGAUCGCAUCGCCGAGCUUUCAAUAAAUCGUAGAAAAUAUCAUAAGGAAUUCAAUUUAUUGCUGCCUGGAUCAUCGGAGAGAACAAAAGAAUUGCAAGAAUAUACCUGGUCAAAAUGUCUGAGUCUGGCCCUAAAGGACCUUACACGCUGGUCACCGUCAACACGGCGCCGGAACGAGCAAAGAGGCUCAUUGGGCGCAUGGUCGAGGCACUAAAGGACCGUUACACCAUUAUCUAUGCUGCAAACUGCGAGACGAUCGAGGAGGUAGCUCCUAAAGUCAAGGAAUUUCAGCCUGACGUAUUGUUCUGUGCUUCAAUGUGGACAGCCGAGCAAGCUGAAGAGAUCCAAAACAUCGGCAGGUCGCUCAGACCAGGUCUCAAGACACAUGCCAUCCCACACGGUCUGCAAGUCGAGCGCGGUCCCGAUGCUAUCGUGGAACAUCUACUAGAGGUCGUUCCUCCGCUGUUGGAAAGCUGAGGAAAUGUAUUGCUGCAUUAGACAUUGUUGCCAGAGCUUUGUCCAGUGCUUCGUCUGGGGAGAACUAGACAUAUUC